AUGGCCUCUCAACCCCAGCCUCGAAUCUUUGUAGACGAUGUGUGGCAUCUUAUAGCCGAGUAUUUUUCCCAGCCAUCUCCAUCCAGCUCCCCCGACGGCAACCCAGAUGAGGCGACUGAGUAUUGGAAACCCAAGAGCUUGGCCGUGCUGACGCCGCACCUCAGCGACCUGAUAUCUCUGAGCAGCACUUGCACUUAUUUCCGGGACCUGCUUGGCCCGCGUAUAUUCAAGUCGCUUUACCUGCAGAAUUCCGCCAAAAGCGCUCGAUCUGUAAAGGCAGUUGCAGCUGGGAACUUCUCUGGAUGCGUCAGCGAGUUGCGGUAUGCUGCCGCUUACAAAAUUGACUCCUCGCUCGAGGAGCUGUACCCGCCUGAACUGGACAAUGUCCUCUCAAACCUGUCUUGCUUCAAUAGCCUGCAGCUCCUCAGCCUGGACUUCCCAUUCGACCACUCUAAUAUCCAGCUCCUCCGGCGCGCGCGUAAGCACGACACGCCCGCCAGCACAAUCCAGGAACGAGAAGACGUCUGGCUUGGUUUAGUAUCAGCGAGUUUCGGUGCCAUCACAUCAAGCUACACCGACAAUAACGCUCCUCAAUUCCGCUCCCUCGAAAUCCACAACCUCAACCCCGUCGCCCUCCCCACAAUCGCAACACCACCAUUCCACUCCCUCCUCUCACGCCUCAAAUCCCUCAAACUCGCUCUCGAACCUCCCCACUACCUCUCCCUACACAGGAUCAUCACCCCACAGUCCGCCUCGAUCUCCCUCGACAACUUCGGCCCCUGGCUCUUCAACCACCUCACCUCCCUCGAAGAUCUCUCGUUCAACCCCUCCGAUUCCGGCCCUCACAUGGGAAAUGCGGGCCAGGAUCCCGCUUAUAUCCUGGACAUCGGCCUGCGGAACGCAACAAUGCCGAGCCUGAAGAGCGUCACGCUGGCGAAUAUCUUUAUCUGCGCUGAACUGACGGGCUUUCUGCGUCGGCAUUUGGCAGCCCUGGAAGGUAUCGCGUUGCUUUUCUGUCGGGCUUAUGUGCCGUACUCUGGCAAUAGCGCCGACAACAACAGUGAAUACCCCAAUACAUCCUGGACCACCCUCUUCAAAUCCCUAAGCUCUGCAAACCCUCCAGUUCUGAAGUCAUUCACGUACACCACACCCCAGGACGAACUGAUCCUAUGGAGCCCGGACGACGACUGGCUCAGCAGGGACCUCGUGGAAGCAAUGCAUCGCAAGCGGGCAGCGGAGCCUGAUACGCUGCUCUUCCCGCAUCAUGAGAUACCCGAUGCCGGGUAUCCUAUGAGGGAUAUGAAGGCUAAUAUCAAGAGUUUCCUAGCUGGGGAGGAUUAUAGGGCUUUUUUGGGGCUUAGAGGUGUUCUUAAGGGGGAUGGGGGUCGGGACGAAGUGCCGCUGGAGUGGGAUAGGAAGGGGUAUGGGAGGUGGAAGUAUAUCCCUGUUAGUGAGAGAUGA